CCAAGGAACGCCAUCUGAUCUUGAGUGUUUCUACUCGAAAACCGACAGCAGAAGCUUCACCCAUCAUGAACGCCUUCCUGAUGUUAACCGUUAUUGCAGCCAGCAUCCUUCUGUCCGAUGCUGUGCAGCCUCUCGGCGCGGGUUACACCAGCCGCUGCAUGUGUCUGAAGCUGGAGUCCAGGAUCAUCCCACCGGAGAACCUGCGGCGCGUGGAGAUCCUGCCUAGAGGCCCUCACUGCAAGACUACUGAGGUCAUUGCUGGUUUAUCAAGUGGAGAAAGGAUCUGUCUAAACCCCAGGACACCAUGGGUUAAAAGACUCGUUCACUUUAUUGAGAAAAAAGAGCGUGUGGUCAAGAAAGCGUAGAAGACAUUUAUGUACUAAUAUUACUUUCAUUCUCACUACUCACAAGACACCUUAGCUCACUAUAUUUUGAAACAGAGCACUUAAAUGUCAAUUCUUGCAAAAUAAGAUUUUUGUAUUCUUGCAUUCUGAGCCCCUCAUUCUGAU